GAACAGAAAGGUCGAUCCUUGUCUUUAGGUGUAUUACGAUAAUAAACUCUUCGACGCGUAAAUUGAAGGUGAAAUAAAAAGACCGCUAUCUUGUUUUGUUGUGUACGCUUCAUGCGACGCACAUGUUCCGAAUCGACGCGCGUUCCGAGUUCAAAUUUAUCGGACGAUCUGGGAAUUUGGCGGUCGCAAAUGUUGAAAACUGGAUUUAUUGCACUUUAUUCUGACAUAUGUUUUAAUCGACGCGUUGUUUAGUGUCGUUCCGUAGUGGAUAUUUCCAUAUUUAGUGCGAUAAGUGUUUGUGUACCGUACGCGCUUUAAUUCGACGUUUUAUUUAAAAAAAACGGGCAGUGAAAGGAUGUUAAUUAUUUAUUUACGAGGAUAAGUAAUAGGCCGAACUGCCAAAAUAUUCGUCCAUGCGAUACGAGCGAAAUUAAUGGUGGAUUCCGCAGAAACAUCUCUCACAACCCGGUUUAUUGGCAUCGAGAAGAGUUCUCUUCCGCAACAGCGUUUAUCAAGUUUAAGGAUUUGAAGAAAACUACCUACAAAGAUAUUGGCGAGUAGAGAACUCAAUGUGCGAAGUAAACCGAGGCUAUGUGAAGUAGUAAAAUUGGAACUGUAAUAAAAAUAUGGCCUUAAAUUCUGAUUGGUUAGAUGAAAAGGGAUCCGUCGAGUAUUGCGAAUUACUGAAGGUUGUUCGGGAAAGCGGCGACGGCGAAUCUAAAGAAACAAGCCCGCAUACGUCAGCAUCGGAGGACGAUAAUCACGAAAUAGCGCAAUCCUUGAUCGACGUAAACCGUAAAAUAGAAAGAAGAAAGGAUAAAAAGGUAUCGAAAAUCCCGAUUCGACAAGGUAAGGCGCCCCAUAAUGCAGAUGUCACCAAAUCAACCUGCGGUAACAAGUUUCAUUACGACGAGCCGGACUAUGCCGAAACGGCGAGGGCAUUUCAUAAAAUUUCAGAUAAAAGCCAAAUAGAUAUUAUCGGGCAAGGUAAAAUCGAAAUUGAUUCUGCUGUUGACACGCUCAUAUUUGAAAAUUGUGCAGCCGAUGGGAAAACGGAGGGUCUAUCAGCAAUAUCAAAUUUUGUUGAUUCGGACGAAUUAGAUGUAAAAAGGCGAAUGAAGAAGCUAAGGGAGAGUAACGGCGGUGACAAUCUCCCAAACGCAAUUGAAAUGGAAACGGAUUUGUUCGAAUGCGGAACGCUGGAAUUAGAAAAACCAAAUAUCGAGAGCGAGGCGAGAUUGAGAGAAAAACACGCGGAUGAUCCGAUACUGGAGGCACCGGAAGAAUUCCGUUCUUGCGACAAGUCCAAAUGCGGUAUGAAGGUUAAUGAGAUGUUUCCUAUGCCGGGUAGCGAUAUAGGUGAAGCGAAACCGUGUCGCAUAGCUCCAGCAAUCCGUGACCACGAUAUUGUAGCCGAACCGGAAGUUAAUAUGUGCGGGUUGGAUUUGAACAAGCGCAUAAUAAAAAUCUCCGAACGUGGGAUCGGGGCGUAUAACGAACUGGAUCAAAUUUGCAUGACAAAUGAGCCAAGAAAGUACAAAGUAAAUGAAGUCGAAGAUGUAUCGACGGAACACGACGCACCCACUGAAAUUAUACACACCGUUGGCCAUUGUCAACGCACACUUAUUAAUGGUGGGGAAUCCGAAGACAAUGACCAAAUACAAAGCAAUUCAAUUACUAUAUCACCAUUUGAUACAGAUCCACACGUCCACGACUGCAUUGACGGUGCUAACAAUACAAACAUGGUCGGUAUGUUAAAUAAGUUCGUAGAUUCGUGCAGUCAAUUUGAAAUUGUGACGAAGAACGACAUAGCUGGGAAGAUAUUUCCGUCAGAAGGCGACGUUAUCGAGAUUAGCACUUCGAAGGGCAUAUCUGGAAGUACAAGUGAAUCGGUAUUAACAAACAGUGGGUGCCCUGAAGGACGUGACUUUAUGAGCGACUCUUUGGAUAACGGUGCGUAUGCGUGCGCUGAGAAUGAACAAACUCCGACGGCGGUGGCGGCGGCGGUGACGGUGAAACCAUCGAUCGCUAUUGGCGUCGAGCGGUGCGCACAGGCGCCGCGGUGCAGUCGCAUCUCCGUUGCCACGGUCUGUGCUGCGCCAACGUCAGAGUUCCCGAUUUUAGGAAAUUCCACAGAAAAUUGCUCACAUUUAAGCGAUGUCGUGACUGAAAAACGCGCAACCGAACCGCUUUACACCAACAAACCGAAACCAUACAACGAAUCAACAACUGAGAGCGAUCAAAAAACGAAUCGUGCCAAAAAAAGUGAAAGCGCGAGUGAUGAGUGUGCAGAAAAACAGGAUACUCACUUAAUUUGGACCUUUAAAAAUGGCAGGCUCGUGUUUGAGACAUCCGCAAAUGUCGAUAGUAAACCGGAGGUACUAAAAUGUGAUUCAGGAGAAAACGAGCAAUCCAACGGUGAGAGUAUUAGCAGUAGAGAUUUAAAUAGAAGAUCAGCCGAGGGACGAUCUCGACUGAAACACUUAGAAAAUAAGCUCAAGCAGGCCGGCUUAACAGAUGGAAAAUCGAGAAUCCCAAAAUCCGACGAUGAAGAGGAGGAAAUUGCAUUAGAAAAUUCGCGAGAGGAAAAACAGGUGGUCGAUAAAUUAACGCAGCCUCUGCUUAAGUUGAAUUGUGAGACAAACGAAAGUAGUGUCGCUUCUUUAGGAAGUGAAGACCUACCGCCGGAAGCGAGCGGAAUUGCGUGUGGAAGCCUUUGCGAGUUCGAUGUGCGUCAGGUCGGCUCAUUCUCAGGAUUAGCCGAUUCCGACUUCUUCGUUGUUUACGAUGAACUAGAAAACAGUAGUGACGAAGAUGAGCGCGAAAACAAUCUAAUUAGCGAAAUGCGGGGUGACGGCAGUAUGGGUGCAGACGGUGAGCGAGCGAAGCAGCACAAUCCGGAUCAGAAAAAUCUGAAAUCACUACUUAAGAAACCGGGUAAGGGUCGCGAUGCUAAGAAGAAUCGGGUCGUCUUCAACGAGAACAAGAACGAAUUUUUCGACGCCGAUUACAUUAUUUUAAUACGCGAGGAGUGCGAUUACGACGACGAGGAGGACGACGGCGUCUGUACAUGUAACGACCACGAAAUGGUGCGGUUAACAUGUUGCGAGCCUAAUUGCAAUUGUAAUUUAUACGAAGGAUACAAUUCUGAUCCGACACCGCAAAGUCCUAAAUUUGCUCCACCAUUAGAGUUCGUAGAUGCUGUUACGCUUAGCCCUCCUGAAGGGUACAAGGAUAUGGAAUUGGGAGAACAACAGUUAUUAGCUCUACAACAAAUGGCAAUGAGAGGGCAGAGAACCGCCGUUUGUCGUGAUUGCAGUGCCACCCAUGAAGAUGAUGGUGAAGGUUCCCAAUCUGACAACGAGGAUCAAUGCGAAUUACACUCGGACCAGGAAGAGAACAAAGAGGAAGCGGAGAAAAACGAUCAAAGUCAACAAACCACUCCGACGACGCCUCCACCAUCAGAAAACGAUAACGCAAAUCAACAAUACAUAGAAACAGUCGAAAUGACAACGGUAACAGAAAGGCAAAUAACGCGCGAAAUUGAAGACGAUAGGCAGCGGACAGGCAGUCCAAAUCUUUCACAAAUCGGUUCCCCAAUAAGCGGUAUACUGAAAGGAGGGCGGUUAUGGAAACAGCAGAGUCAAGAAAUCAUUAAUGCAAGAAACGUUGAGCAGCAACGUCCGCUGGACCCUGGCAUAACGUCAGACGAGGAGAAUAAUGGCAAUAAACGUUCAGUGCGAUUUACAGAGUCAGGCGAAAAUCACCGCGAUGUCUGCGAUGGAGCGGCCGAUCAACCGCACGAGGAAAGUGUCAAACAAGAAGAUGGCGGCAUGCAAAAGGAUAACGCGUUGCCUAACUCUUCAUCUCCAGAAUCAACAGAGAUGACGUUAACAUUUAAAUUGGGCAACCACAUCCUGAUCUCCAAUAACAGCCUAAAACCAAAUUCCGCCGUGAGGCAACUGUUCCCGUGUUCAAAGCCACUGAGUAACAAGCCCGGUGAAAACGAUUCCGUUCACCAGUAUUUAGUAACGUCAGAAUCCUUGCGCGCGUUUGAGGAAGCGAAACGAUCGAAAUUGCCGCAAGUGUUACAGAACGAAGACACCGACGACUCGAUCAAACGCGCUAUCGAACGUAAUACGCUACGUCGGUCUCUGAUACGAUACGAGCCUAGGCCUAAGAAAAAAGAACAAAAAACCGACAACUCACUCGUGGAGCGAAUUAAACAGCUCACUUGCGAUGUGGACGAUGCCAUUCCGGAAUCGGACGACAUCCAGCAAAGAGCCAGCCCCCCGGGCGAAGAAGCGAGAAAGUCUCCAGAGGUUAAUUCCGUAAACAAAAGUUUUUCACCCUCCUCGUCGUCUACCGCUAGCUCAAACUCCUCCACCGUAUCAUCCACGUACAAGAAAAUUACGGAUCUGUUCGGUAAACGCGAGAAACUGCCCGAUGUACAAAGCGAAACGAAAACGCUGAACCAACUCGGCCCAGCUCCCGAUUUGGGCAACACUAGCUCGCACCCGCAAGACUACAUCAUACAUCACUGUCCCGUGACCAAAUCGAACUCGACGACCGACACCCGUAAACAGUUUCUGUCGACUUUGGCUCCACUAACAGCGUGCGUUACCAGUCUAGGUGUCGACGAUCACUACUAUCACAUUUCACAUCACACCGGCGACAGAUCUUCGGUAACGAGUUCCGUAGGGACGGAGUACAGUCUGGAAGAUAUCGAUGAUGGGUUGAAGAAUGAAGAUGAGGAUACCAAACGGAAUGCUCCCGAUGUUGUGGUCGGAACACCGUCAGCGUCGGAAUCGGGAGAUGAACUAGCAAUGUUUGUGCAACAGGAUGCAGGUCGAAUAGAGCGCAUUAAGAAGAAAUAUCAGCAGGAUAGUGAGGAUGAUGAGCAUGACGAUUAUGGUUUUAACAAGAGGCCGAGCGUUCGAGGAAUUAAGCCAAGAUUUGGUACUACCACCGAAAUCUUGCAACAAAUUCAAAAUCAAAUGCAACCCCUUCAAACUGUCAAUAAAGUAAACCCUCACGUAGCUUGGCCGUAUUACUCAGAGGCGAGCUUAAGCGGACUUGAUAACAAUAAAUCUCGAAAUAUUAAUCAAAAUUUGCCCCAAUAUCAAUAUACAUAUGUUACCGAAGAGAUGAAAACGAAAAUGUACAUACAGCACUAUAGGCCUACGUCACUUGUAGAUGAUAAUGUUUAUCAGAACUGUACAAAUCAACGAUGUAAUCGAGAUGUCGCUUACAAAACCAACGCUAAUAUUGUACAUUCCCCCGUCAUGCGAAUCGGCGGUGGAUGUAGUGAACUGUACCACCCUCCUCUCUCCAGUAAAAGUAGAAACGGGCGACCAGAGUCACCUCCGCCUUUUGAUGUCGCAAGAAAUGUACAUCAGACAAUGGUUUAUAUCCCAUAUAAUCACAUAGAGAGUUAUCAACCGGCGUGUAUGUCGCCCAAUCCGCAAUACGUAGGAAAUGAAAAGUGCUAUACUAGAAUUGUAAAUCAAAACCAAAUUAAUCGUUAUGGAGAACCCAUUUAUCAUAAUCAACCUAGGAUGGCCCACGCUCCACUUGUAGACGUAAACUUAGUCAAACAGAUACCUAAGCCAGUCAUGAGGCUACCAUACCCUCUACCAAACUCACAACCCCAACCCCAUUUGGUAAACUCAAGGAGUGAGAGCCCUCUUCCCGGUCAAUUUUCGACAGCUCGAUCGACGCAAACCGCCGCCCCGCCGAUGGCCACCUGCAAUUACUACCAAACCGUCACCCCAAGAUACAGGCCAAUGGUAGGCCCGGUAAUUGCGCACGGAACCAUACCGUGGAAUGGCGACUACGGUACUAAAAUCAACAGGCACAGCUUUCCCGCGGCGGUACCAAGGUAUCCGGCACCAGAUAAUAUCUCCCUAACAGACAGCGAAAGUCAAUACGGCAGCCCACUACCGAACGGAUAUCGACAGUCAAUCGAAACCACUUUCUCUGCCCAAAAAGAUUCCCUGCCCAAUUCGCCGACUAAACCGAGAUUUAUCGAGAGAGGAGUGCCGGAGGGAGCGGCAAGCGUCUCGCCGCAGGACUCGAACGCGCAAAGCAACAGCGCCAUGACUUCGCCGACGUCGCCUCAAAAUCCCCCACCCACAAAUUCAAAACCCUUAUUUUACGCUAUGAACGUUUGACAGAAUGAAUAGGUAAACAUUAAGGUAACGAUCUGCAUUAGUAAUACUGGCCCAUCCGCGGACGACUAGAGGAAGACUUUAUAUUCGGACAUGGCGGGGUAUUACUUGAAAAGAACCGCUUUACACAGCAAAAGCGCAAUCGACACGAAAAGAUCUCCGUAGGUUAUACUAA